AUGUUAGAACAGAAUAAGCUACUUCACAUCGAAGUCGCAGUCAAGCCAUCAUGUCUUGUUCCUUUGCCAAAGAUAAAGGAACUAUGGCAAGUAUUUUGUAGUAGUGAUUUCAAUUCAGAGGGUUUGAUGGAUGGGAAUGAAGUCAACCUUGACAAGCUACCACAAGAAAUACAACAAUCCUGUGCAAAAGCAAGCAUAGUUGACGAUAGCAAUGAAAUUUCUCAUUUCGCUGCUGGCGACUCCUUCACAAUUCACAUAUUUGUGUUGAGCCAAGAAGAAUCAUGUACAGAAGAGUUGGAACCAGAAGGUGGGGAUGGCGAAUGGGUUUCUGGCGCCGACUCAUUGACAAUACCACAUGCUAGCCUGGAGAACCUAUGGGAGAGUUUGAUCUUUGAAGAAGGCUUGAAACGGCAGCUUUUGGACUAUGCCCAAUCUGCGCUGCUUUUCUCUGACAAGAUGGUUUCGUCAACCAUUGUAAACUGGAAUCGGAUACUACUCUUGCAUGGACUACCCGGUACUGGAAAGACGAGCCUAUGUCGUGCACUUACCCACAAAUUAGGGAUCCGAUUAAGUGGUCGAUUUCCAAGAGCUACAUUACUUGAGAUCCGAUCACAUUCACUUUUUUCAAAGUGGUUCUCGACUAGCGGGAAGCUUGUAAGUACUCUGUUUCAAAUGGUCAAGGAUAUGGUUCUUGAUGAUCCGGAUGCAUUGGUUUGCGUUCUGAUUGAUGAAGUAGAAAGCUUGGCAGCAUCUCGUGACAGCAGCUCGGGUGGGGAUCCAGGCGAUGCAAUGAGAGCCGUCAAUUCACUCCUGACCUCGUUAGAUAAGUUAAAGCCAUUUCCAAAUGUGCUUGUUAUGGCAACAACGAAUCUACAUCUGACGGGGAGUGUCGAUGCCGCGUUCGUUGACAGAUGUGACCUCCUCCUUCAGGUGAAGAUGCCGCCAGUGAAAGCCCGAUACCGAAUAUUCAUGUCCUGUAUUCUGGAAUUGGCUCGCGUUGGAAUCUUGGAAAUAGGCGAAGGAGACAAUUCUUAUUUCAUGCCUUACCAUGAAGAUCAGUCGUCGCGACAGUCCAAUAAACUGAGCUCGAAGCUCCUGGCAUGUGCAACUUCUGCAGAGGGGUUGAGCGGACGAAGCUUGCGUCGUCUUCCACUACAAGCACACGCGAAGUAUUUAGGCAAAUAUCAGUUGCAAGUUGUAUCUUGCAUAGAGUUCUUGGAGGCACUAUCUAAUGCCAUUGACGAUGAGCAGAAGGCCCGUCGAGAAAUGAAACGGGGGAAAGAGGAUUGA